AUGCAAACUCAAGAUGGCGCAGCUGCGAAUGCUAGAGAAGAAGCCGAAGACGUUGAAGACGACGAAGGACAUGUUAGCAUUGAAAAUUACAUAGGGGUGUCUAUCUCGGUGUCAUUCAAUUCCAAGUUCGACGAACAGCAGAGAGUUGAGCAAUUGUCCGGAGGACAAAAGUCGUUGUGUGCCAUUGCCUUGAUUUUGGCUAUACAAAAGUGUGACCCAGCUCCAUUUUACUUGUUUGAUGAAAUCGAUGCUAAUUUGGAUUCCCAAUAUAGAACUGCAGUUGCAUCCAUGAUAAAGACGUUAUCGUCGAAGGCGCAAUUCAUAUGCACCACAUUCCGGCCCGAGAUGUUGCAGGUGGCAGACAAGUUCUACGGAGUGAUGUUCAGCAACAAAGUAAGUACGGUGUCUGAGAUUAACCGCGAGGAGGCUAUGAACUUUGUGGAGGGACAACAGCCUCGCUAA